AUGGUACCACUUACCUACUGGGAUUGUGGUGAAUUGGAUUUGGAACUCCUCCCCCACACCGCCGCCUGCGUUGUUCUCGUCCGCAAGGGUUCUACCCGCGAUUCCGAAAAUGUAGCGCGUGGCUGGCAACAGAUUCCGGAAGGUGUACUCCAACUUGCUGGCCGGAAAAUGGAAUUGGAUCGGAUCUGCAUGAUGACUCAUCAAGCUGACGACAUACCCAUCAAACACUCCGUUGGUGACCGCUGGCGGCAGCCAUGUGAAGUAGGCGAAGUUGCUGGCCGAAUAAACCAGCGUGGCCGACGUGAUAACCGAGGGUUCUGGUUGACAGGACAACAAAGAAGCAAGUAG